CGGAUCGCCGGGAAGAUUCCGCGGGACAGAGACAACGAGAAAAGAAGAGUCUCGCCGACCGGGUCAGCCAUGAAGUUGCCGUUACGGUUUGUGGCAUCGAUUCUCCUGACGUCCGUCCACGCCAGCGGCUGGCCUUAUCACGAAAUAGUGGGCGUCGGACAAUCCACGGCACCGCUGCUCGUUGCACCAGUUUAUGGACUCGCACCUGCGAUUAGCUUGUUACCCACGGAGCCGGUGAAGGAGGCGCAGACGGUCGUGGCUGGGCCCGUGACAGGGACCACGAUCGUCGAGGGAUCAUCCUCCGGGCCGGUGACCAUCGUGUCUCCCGGCGUCGCUCGGACAGCGCCAUCUGCCACGCAAAAGACAACCGACGCCCCAGGUGCGCGGGAAGAUUCAGUGCUCAUUAAAGGAGCGACGGCUGGCGCGGUAACGCUGGUAGCGCCGUCGGACAAUUCCGUCGCCAUCGCCGACACCAAUAACGCAGCGUCAGCCGAAGCAGAAACAAAGAAAGGCGCCGUUGCAGCGUCAGCGAAGGCGGCUGUUGCAAUCGAAAGAGCAGAAGAAUCAUCGACCACGGAGGCAUCGGCGAACGCGACGGCAAUUAAGGAAACAAUAGGAAUAGCGUCAGCGAACGCCGUAAUAGGUCCCUCCACCGGACCCAUAAUCAUCGCUGGUCCAACCGCUCCUCCGCUACCGGCCAACGUCGAUGCUACCACGACCGAGCCGGUAACCGUUGCUGCCAAAGCGGCGGCUGCUUCUGUCAGCGCAGCUUCCAGCGCGGUUGCCAACGUGUCGGUUUCCACCACGUUAAUCGCCGAGCGACCCAGUAACGGAUCUGGUCCGGUAACAGACACUGCGGAGUCAACUAGGGUCGAGAGUUCGGCAUCCAGUUCGAGCACGCUGACGAGUGAAUCCGUGAGCGCGGCAGCCUCCGCGUCGGCGAGGGUUAAUUUCAUUUCACCCGCAGCUACGAUCGCAAUCGCCGAGGCUCCCUUAAGCAACGUGGUCGUAGCCGCAGCGCCAGCGCCGUCCGCCAUAGUUUCCGGUCCCUCGGGCACCGUUUCAACCGGAAGUGCCUCGGCGUUGCUGCUCAAGCCAGCGCUGCUCAAGGCACCGCUGCUCAAGGCGCCGCUGUACCCGUUGUAGGACAAACUGCUUAUCCCCGUCGUCUGUUUGUUUGCUCGCUCGUUCGUUGUCGCUGCAAGGUGACAGAAAAAUCGAUCGAUCGCGAGACCGGCCGAUGUUACGCGCAGCCAUUAGAGACACUGGUCGCCGCGGCCGAGCCUUUCUACGCUGAGUUUUGCGCGAGCUAACGGCCAGACAGGCGCAUUCGUUGACAUUGCGUUGGCGAUCGCGUCCACACUGCACGAGGAAGGGAGAGAAGUUGUGCAAGGACAACCGGGGAUCAACGUUGCAAGCGGUUGGCAUUGAUGGCCGCUCCGUUAUUCGCUUCUAUACGAGCGUCGAGCACAAUAGCCACGAUUUUUCUACCUGUUCGAGUACCUUGAUUUUUCUAUUUAAUAAAA